AUGUGGGUGGGGGGUGCCAUCGACCGAGAACGGUGGUUCAAGCACCGGUUCAAAGCAGGAGAACUUGUAGAGGCCCCGGUCAGAGAUGACACCGGUAAGGCCCAAGGUUUCCUUCUGCUCAGGGUCUUGUCUCAUGAGGCCACUGGUGCAGAAGGACACCUAUUCACGGCAGAGUUCUUAACCUGCUCGGAUAGCCACUACAGAUGGUGGAUGACCGAAGGAGGCGGAAAGAAGGUCGCCAAGAGAGGAUUCUAUCAUUGCUGCGAAGGUAAUGUGCUGGACUGCGGCUUCACCAAGGGACGCCAAUCCCUUGUGCAUCUGGAAAAAUUCCGGAUCAUUGGGUCCAGAGAGUGGGCCAACAAGGUGCCUGACUGGGUCUUCCGAGGCCAGCCGCGCAAAGAUGUUGAGGCGUUUGAUUUAAAGAUGCAGACGGACAAGACUGCCGCAGACGAUGGAGUACCGCUUCCUUGGGCCGAAGCUGAGGAUGAGGAUGUUGAGCCUAAGGAGGCUUCGAGCGAUGAGGAUUCCACUGAUCAGGCAAUUGGAGAAAAGAUUCAGCAGGUCAGAGAACAGCUCAAGAAACUUGAGAAGCAGCAGGCAAAAGCCAAGAAAGCCAAGAAAGCCAAGAGGGAGGCUAAGGAGGCCAAAGACAAGAAGAAACGAAAGGAUAAGGAGAAAGGCAAGAAGCGCCGCCCUUCACCCUCAUCUGAGGAGUCAAAGCAGAGAGGACGCAGUAAGAAGCCAAAGAGGAAGCGCUCUGAGUCGAGCGAUGUCAAGGACAAGAAAGACAGCAAGGAUAAGGUUACGCCAAAGAAAAAGAAGAAGAAGCGCUCUUCCUCGGAUUCAGGAGACGACGGACCAGAAGUCGGCCUUUUUGAAAAGGCUCCUCAGGAUGAUGGAAUCCCUGAUCCUAUUCCAAAGAAAGGAGACCGCGGCCCGUUUGGAUCAGGGUUGCCAGUACAGUUUGAUGAGGAUGAGUCUUCUGACAGCGAUCGAAGUUCAGUUUUUCGGUCGGCCCCUCCCCAGCCGGUGAAAUCAGGACAACAGGCACUGAUCACCUACAGCCAUCGUCGCCCGGGGCGCUUAGCCGCACGGCUGUUGAUGAAAAUGAAGAACGAGGUGGCGUUGGGCUCGGGAGGGGCGUCCGAAGGGAGUCAGGACAAGACUCCGCCCAUAGCGGUGCACUACUUUCUCACGCUGAUGAUGCCGCAACUGGGCAACCGCAUGAACCUUCGAACACAGAGGGAAUUGCGCACCAUCAUGGUGGCGCUCGAUCUGCUGGCCAGGAAGGCCCCGGCUCGAGCAGCCGACAUACUCGCUCAACGAGUCAAGGCCUUGGAAAGAGCAACAUCGGAGGGCCACUGGGCCACGGCCCAAUUCCUAGAGCCCAUUCCGAGCGAGACCUCGAGCCUGCUCGACCGCGACGAAGAGGUCUACCUUUCCAAGGAAUUCCUUCAGACGAUGAAAGUCACCCAGUACGAUCGCUCAAAAGGAGGAGCCGCUCGAGGAGAUCGCAAGGGCGAGAAAGGCAAGGGAAAGACGGCGAAGCCUGAGGAGCCGCCCGAGGGGGUAGAGAAGGCCGUCCAGUGGCGCGCAUUGUUGAGGAGCUUUAUGCAGAAGGGCAAACCAGUGGUCGACACCUUUGCCAGGGCACUUAGAUCCGCCAUGAAGCUGUCGCUAGUUGUCCUCAACUUUUUGGCAAUGGGUGGCCGCUACAAUCAGUCACGUGAUGUACCUCCCCCUCAAAAGUUGUCAGAAGGACAGGAGAUGAUGCUGUCCCACAUAAAAGAGCGCCUAUCAGAUCUUGCGGCUGAGGAGAAGCUCUGUCCACCGGUCAGUGAGGCUGACCUUGUGUUGGGCAAGGCGCGUUUCGACUACGCAGGUGAGCCGGUGAUGAUCCUUGAGGAUCUCGUGGCUGAGAAGGUCAUACCAGUGUGGCCAAAGGUGGGCGAGGCCGCCAUUCAACCAGUCUUGCCUUACCUGCCCGAUGAACUGGCAGAGAUGAUAGAAGACCCAAAAAAUUGCCUCCUUCCAACCUGGGAGUGGCCCGAGAAACCAACGAGGAGUCGCGUUCGGGCAUCUCAGGAGGAGUGGAACAAGAUAGUCCAGGCUGGUUAUGAAAGAGGACUCAUGGUCCCCAUGGAGGAUGAUCAGGUUUUCAGGGACAGUUCAGGUCAGAAAGUCCUCAACGGUGCCGGGGGCGUGAAGAAGCUGAAGCAGAUUGGAGGCGAAGAGAAGACUAUGCAACGGUUCAUCUCAAACUUCAUUCCGAUCAACCAGUACCUAGCCCACUUGAGCGGAGGAGACCAAUUUCUCCCGUACCUGGGACAGCUAACGUUGAUGGGCUUGGAGGAUGAUGAGAACCUCCUGAUUGACUCGGAGGACUUCUGCUCCUGCUUCAAUCUGUUCACUUUACCCGCUUCCUGGCGUGGUCUGAUGUGCUUUGGUAUGAUGGUAGACGCCAAGUUCAUGGGUGGCACAGCAGGUCAUAUGGUAUACCCCGCCAUGGCAGUGGUACCAAUGGGAUGGAUAAAUGCUGUCACGGUCAUCCAGUCGGUGGUCAGGUCACUGGUCUUUCAAGGAGCUCAAGUCCCUGAGGCGUCAGAAGUGGCUAAGAUUAAGCAGAUGCCAGAUACAGAUGACUUCACCGUCAUCUACUUGGACUCGUAUGAUGAAUUGAGAAAGCUGGAUGCUCAGUGGGCUGAAGUCCUUGAGGGUAAGCCAUCUGCCCGACAUGUCAAGUUCCAAGAGGUAUGCCAAGAGAAGGGACUCCCACUCAACCAGGCAAAACGAUUGGUGGGAGCCACACGUGGCACGUUGCAAGGUGGCUUACUGGAUGGCAAGAAAGGAUGGUACAAGUUGGCCCCGGACAAACAGGUGGACCUCAUCUCGCUCUGCCUGGGCCUUGUCACCGCGCCUAAAUGGCGUGAGUUCCAACUCAGACAUGUGAUUGGAAAAGCCACUUUUGGCAUGUGUUUCAGAAGGCCGCUCCUCAGCAUCUUUCAAGAAAUUUUUGUGGACCUGCAGAAGCUUACCCAAGUUGAUGAGGUGACUCCAGGAGAAGGGGCCAUUGAUGAGUUGUUCAUGGUCGUGGCUAUGGUUCCUUUCAUGGGGAGGAGAAUGUUGGUGAUGCGAGAGGGUCUUCCGCUCAGAGCAGAGAUACCCCUGUCCAUCGCAGUGUGGUGCGGUGCUUUGCUCUCUGGAGUGCAUCUGGGAGCACCGGAAGCAUUCAAUCCGCCACAGCAGGGGCCCUUUGAUUUACUCCGAGGAAGUGAUUUCUUCUCGGAUGCAGGACGUGAAGAACUCACGGAGCUUCUGGAUGACCCCUUUCUCUACUGUGAACAUUGGGCUCCAGAGUGCAAGCUGUUCAGCCGUGCGCGGGGCAAAAAGAUCAGGUUACCGUCAGGCCGGAUCAUUGCUGGGCCACAACCGGUGCGGGACGCCAAUCAUCUGAUGGGUUUCCCUUGGUUGAAAUCCCAGAUGAAAGCCCGGCUUAGGAAAAGCAAUUCCAUGGCCAUCAAGGCCCUUCGCAGAGGAGAGACCUCAAAGCAGUCUGGUAUGCCCCGUCACUGGACCGCGGAACACCCGAAAAACAGUUGGAUGUGGGAUUUCACUCUGGCCAAAAGGCUGGAAGGCUUGGGAAUGGAGCAUGCUAUCGGCUCGAGCUGCUGUUUCGGAGGCGCGAGGCAGAAGUUCUACUCUUUCUUUGGGUCUUCGGAAGAGAUCAAGCAGCGCCUCACAUUGGAGUGCCCUGGACACCAAGGUCUCUUAACCUAUGAGGUGGAGCAAAAUCCUGAUGGAUCACUCUACUUCCCGACUGAGGAGGGGGCAGAGUAUCCCUGGGCGCUAUGCUUAGCGUACGCUCGGGGACUCCGCGCUCAGUUGGACAAGGAAAAGGUCUUCGAGCAGGUCAGGAUGCAAGCCAGAGAGAAUUGGUAUCAGGACGAGCUCCAAAAGAGCACAGCCCGCCUGGCAGAUCCAGGCACAUCAAAGCCAGUUGGCACUUACCUUGCCCGGUGGGAGCAGGAGAUGAAACCAGGGCAAGAAGAGGCCCACCUGAG